UCCAUCCAGCUCGGAGCUGCCCGCGCGCCCCAGCCGCCCGCCCGGCCGGCCGCUCCGGCCCGCGGCGCUGAUGGCUGUGCGCGGCGCCAACACCUUGACGCCCUUCUCCAUCCAGGCGAUCCUCAACAAGAAAGAGGAGCGCGGCGGGCUGCCCGCGACCGAGGGGCGCUCGGCACCCGGGGGCACAGCGGUGUCAGUGGCUUCGGCGCCCGCUGUCUGUUGCUGGCGGCUCUUUGCGGAGACAGACGCGGGCGCGCUGGGGGGCGCCGAGGACUCUCUGCUGGCGUCGCCUGCGGGGACCAGAACGGCUGCGGGACGGACCGCGGAGAGCCCGGGCGGCUGGGACUCGGACUCGGCGCUGAGCGAGGAGAACGAGGGCGGCCGGCGCUGCGCGGACCCGCCGGGGGCCAGCGGCGCCUGCCGUGCAGGGGCGACCCUGGGCCUCGGCCAGCCGGUCUGCGAGCUGCCCGCCGCCAAGGACCUGGAGGAGGAAGCCGCAGGCCGGAGCGACAGUGAGAUGUCGGCCAGCGUCUCAGGCGACCGCAGCCCGAGGGCCGAGGACGACGGGGUUGGCCCGGGAGGCGCACGCGUGCCCACGCUGUGCGGCGGCGGCGGCGGCGGCAGGCCGGCGGGCGGCGCGGAGGAGGAGGAAGGGCCCGUAGCGCCCAAGCCCCGCAAGAAGCGUUCGCGCGCCGCCUUCUCGCACGCGCAGGUCUUCGAGCUGGAGCGCCGCUUCAACCACCAGCGCUACCUGUCCGGGCCGGAGCGCGCAGACCUGGCCGCGUCGCUGAAGCUCACUGAGACGCAGGUGAAGAUCUGGUUCCAGAACCGUCGCUACAAGACCAAGCGCCGGCAGAUGGCUGCCGACCUGCUGGCCUCGGCGCCCGCCGCCAAGAAGGUGGCGGUGAAGGUGCUGGUCCGCGACGAUCAGAGACAGUACCUGCCCGGAGAGGUGCUGCGGCCGCCCUCGCUGUUGCCCCUGCAGCCUUCCUACUAUUAUCCUUAUUACUGCCUCCCCGGCUGGGCGCUCUCCACGUGCGCGGCCGCCGCGGGCACCCAGUGAGCCGGCCUGCGGUGAGGCCGCGAAGGAUCCC